GUAAUUUGUUGUCGCAUUAAUUUGCAGGUAAAUUUAUCGUUUACAUCUGAUGAAAUAAUUUUUAGAGUUUGUCAAAAAAUGGUCAAAAUAUCAAACUUCAACAUUAUGGAUCAAAGUUUGAUGUCAUCGUGAUGAAUGAAACUCAGAAUGAUUACUCACGAAAUAUGAAAGAAAAACCAAAGGAAGAUUUGACGCCAUUUUUGGAUUCACCAAUGCCAGGCACAGUGAUCUCAGUUACAUGUGAACCAGGACAAGAGGUAGCUGAAGGUCAAGAGGUUUGUGUUGUUGAAACUAUGAAAAUGCAAAAUAGUUUAUGCGUUCUGAAAUCUGGCCGAAUUAAAAAAGUGAACUGUAAACCAGGAGAUAAAAUAUUGGAAGAUGAUCGACUUAUUGAGCUCGAGUAACACUGACUUUUAAAGAAAAUUUGCUAAACU